UUCCGCCAUUUUUGAAAGGUCCCGGGACUUUCCUGGCCGUGGAGAUGGCAGCCUUCGCCAUGGAGCCGCAGGCGCUUACGUUGGGAACUGAACCAAUGUUGCUAGGCUCACCCUCAUCUCCAAAGUCUGGAGUUAAUGCUCAGUUCUUGCCUGGAUUUCUAAUGGGAGAUUUGCCAGCUCCAGUCACUCCACAGCCUCGACCAAUUAGUGGCUCUUCAGUGGGAGUAAUGGAGAUGAGAUCGCCUUUACUUGCAGGUGCAUCCCCACCACAACCAGUUGUACCAGCGCAUAAAGAUAAAAGUGGAGCCCCACCAGUCAGAAGUAUUUAUGAUGACAUUUCUAGCCCAGGACUUGGAUCAACACCAUUAACGUCAAGAAGACAGCCUAAUAUUUCAGUAAUGCAGAGUCCUCUUGUUGGAGUUACGACAACUACGCCUGGGACAGGACAAAGUAUAUUUAGUCCGGCUAAUAUUGGUCAGCCACGAAAGACGACGCUAUCUCCUGCCCAACUGGAUCCUUUUUAUACUCAAGGAGAUGCUCUGACUUCAGAAGAUCACCUGGAUGACACUUGGGUCACUGUGUUUGGGUUUCCUCAGGCAUCUGCUUCGUAUAUAUUACUGCAAUUUGCACAAUAUGGGAAUAUCUUAAAACAUGUGAUGUCGAACACAGGGAAUUGGAUGCAUAUUCGUUAUCAAUCUAAGUUGCAGGCCCGUAAAGCUUUAAGUAAAGAUGGGAGGAUUUUUGGAGAGUCCAUUAUGAUUGGUGUAAAACCAUGUAUAGACAAAAGUGUUAUGGAAAAUGGUGACCAGUGUACUCUGUCAUCUCCAUCUCUACCCUUUACACCACCAAUAAAAACCUUAGGCACCCCAACUCAGUGUGGAAGCACUCCCAGGAUCACCACCAUGCGGCCUCUUGCUACAGCAUACAAAGCUUCUACUAGUGACUAUCAGGUUGUUUCUGACAGACAGACGCCCAAAAAAGAUGAAAGUCUCGUAUCCAAAGCAAUGGAGUACAUGUUUGGCUGGUAGCAAAGUAGGCCCUAAGAUGUUAGCUUCAAGGGAGGAGACUGCUACAAAAAGACUGUUAGCAGAGUGCUGCUGGUGUCCUUCGGUUAGUUCUAUAACCACUUUUGGCAAUAUUGGAUAACUAUCUCAUACUUCCUUUUAUUCUUUAAGGAUAUAGCCUAUUUGUAGCUCACACUUUUAAAAGAUGCUUAAGAUCCCCUUUAAAGAAUAAAAACAUCCCUGUAAAUAGGAUUUUGUGCUUUCUGUUUAUAGUGCAUGCAUUAAGGACAAAACACUCAGAAUUGAUUACUUGAAAUUAUGUAAUUGAGUUUGUGGUGAGAAUUUGUGGUCUUCAUGGGUUAUUGGUUUGAAUUUCCUGAAGGUUACCUACACCGCUACUUCUAAAAGGCACAAAGAUUAACAAACUGAAUUAUGGUUUUUAAAUUUAUAGAUAGUAUUUAAUAUUUUAAUUAUUCUUGUUUAUAUGUACUAUCA